GGCUGCCUCGUUGUUUCUCUUUUCUGUCUGUUUUAGUGUCUUGACAAAAGCAAAAAACGAAUCAGCGAUCAGUAGAGAAUGAAGAGAAAUACUUUCUAGAAUGAUUUUUCAGCUGUUUGUUUCAGAACAGACAGCAGAUCAUAGUGAUUCUUGUACUUUUUCAUAUUUGCAACAUCAUUCAGAAAGUGAAAGUAAAUACUACUGGAGAUACAAACGGUGAAAAUGGAUUCACUCUCUGUAGAAGAACUUUCUUGUCCCGUGUGCUUGGAAAUCUUCAAGGCUCCUGUUAUUUUAUCAUGUAGUCACAGUGUCUGUAAAGAGUGUCUUCAACAGUUCUGGAACACCAAGGAAACUCAGGAGUGUCCUGUCUGCAGGAGAAGAUCCUCAAAAGAACAUCCCCCUCCUAAUUUGGCGUUAAAAAAUUUGUGUGAGUCGUUCCUGAAGGAGAGAAAUGAGAGUCGUGCAUCAGGAUCUGAGGAAAUCUGCAGUUUACACAGUGAGAAACUCAAACUCUUCUGUCUGGAGGACAAACAGCCUGCGUGUGUAGUGUGCAGAGAUUCACAAGAACAUGACAAUCAUAAAUUCAGACCCAUCAGUGAAGUGGUUUCAUCAUAUAAGGAGGAGCUCAAUACAGCACUAAAGUCCUUACAAGGAAAACUUCAACACAAAGAAAACAUCAAAAGACAGUUUGAGAAAACAGUUCAACACAUUAAGUCUCAAGCUGAGCACACAGAGCAUCAGAUUAAGCAGCAGUUUGAGAAGCUUCAUCAGUUUCUCAGAGAUGAAGAAGAAGCUACAAUCACUGCACUGAGGGAGGAAGAGGAGCAGAAGAAGCAGGUGAUGAAGGAGAAGCUGGAGGAGAUGAACAGACACAUAUCAGCUCUUUCACACACAAUCAAAGACAUGGAGGAGAUGAUGAAAGACAAUGACGUCUGCUUUCUGAAGGAGUUUCCAGUCUCAAUGGAAAGAGUCCAGAUCUCACAGCCGGAUCCACAGAUGGCUUCUGGAGCUUUGAUUCAUGUGUCACGUUACUUGGGCAACCUGCCGUUCAGAGUCUGGAAGAAGAUGGAGGACAUCGUCCAAAACACUCCCGUGAUUCUGGAUCCAAACACUGCGAAUCCAUGGCUCGUCCUGUCUGAUGAUCUGACCAUUGUGAGAGAAAGCGGGAAAAAACAACCUUUUCCGGAUAAUCCAGAGAGAUUUGACUGUUAUUAUUGUGUUCUGGGUUCUGAGGGUUUUAACUCAGGAACACACUGCUGGGAUGUGGAGGUUAAAGAGACUUUAUACUGGACUCUUGGAGUAACUACAGCAUCAAACCAGAGAAAGGGAUGUGAUUUCUUUAACACUGAUGUCUGGAGUGUGCACUAUAAUCAGGAUGGAUGGUCUUCAGGUUCUGGUUUUCUUAUUAAUCAGGAACUUGAUCGUGUGAGAGUGUGUCUGGACUAUGACAGAGGAACGGUGUCAUUCUCUGAUCCUGUAACUAACAAACAUCUACACACAUUCACAACCACCUUCACUGACACACUCUUUCCAUUCUUUAGUUCUGAUUCUCUGAGGAUCUUAGCCUCCAGUAGUCAGUAAACAUUACUCCUGUAGGCAGCAGCUUGUCUGUAUGGGCAGGCUGGGCUGAGCUUCAUCAAAAUAUUCAUACAAACACAGACCUCUAUAUACAAUAAUCAAUAAUAAAUUGCAAAUAUGUUCAACAUUCUGCAACAAUUUUUAUUUUUUGGGGGAUCUUCUGGAUAAUUUAAGUCAAAGUGAGCAGGAUAUAUUAAAAUUUAGCAUAUAGCUUUUGCAGGCAUGUAUUAAUGAUAAUAAAAAUAAUAAUGCAUUUUA